AUGCCUUCACUGAGCGACACGCUCGACAAGCUCGCACACGAAUCGGAGCAGAUCUCGCGAUAUGCCUCAGAGAACGACCGUCCACCGGGCCCAUUCACCGCAGCGUUCCUCUACCUGCCGACACGCGACAACCCAAACCCCAACAUCCUCUCCCUCAUCCGCGACUCUGACGAGUCUGAGCGGCGACCAUUUCGCGAUGUCAACGAGGAGGAGUACUUGAACGUGGGACCAUCGGCACCUGGACCGCGCAAGAGCAUGGCUGUUGGCGCGCAAGCAAAUGGUCGAGGCCAUCUCCUUACUCCGUUGCGUGACCUCCAAAGGAAACGCAACACCGCUGGCGAGCUCGAGGCGACGCUCGCCGCCGCGGAGAAGGUGGCCGAGUCGCUUGCCGAUAGCUCUUGGCGCAUGUCGCGGGCCCAAGAUCGCGUGCAGACUCUCCUCGAGCAACAUAGGAGGCAAGUGGCUCGCAUCGCCGAGGUGGAACGACUCAUUGCCGAGGUGCAGGCGCCGACUCCUGUCGCUGAACAACCACCAUCACCGACACCGGCCAAGAAGGAGCUCCCUCCCCGGCCCGUGUUGAGCAUCGAUGACGCCAUCAAGGCCGAGGAGGAGGCGCUCAAGGUUCUUGAGGGAUCGAUUGCACCGCUCCGGCGUGCAGCAGCCUUGCGCGCAUCAGCUCAGCGGUCGCCAAAGGCAUCACCGGGCAAGUCGCCGUUCCGCGGCCCUCGCUCUCCUCAAGCGCAGACAACGCCGCGCGCCGCACCUCGCACACCUGCUGCCAUGCCUGUCAUUACUAACUCUCUCGUGCAGGGCACUCCACGCGACCACCAUGGCAGCCGGUUCUCCCCGCUUCACCUCCUCGGCACGCCGGGUGCCCCCUUGCCGCCUGGAAGCGCAUUGCGCAACACCGGCGAGCCGAGGUCCAUCUUUGGCCCACCACGCAAGACAAUUACUCCAUCGCGUCACAUCGACAUCACCCUUCUUACUCCAGCCCCAAUCCCUCCCCCGACCUUCUCGCUUGCGCUGCCGUCGCCAGAACCAGCGCCAGCUUACAUUCCCGAUCCCACACCGGUCAAGGCCGUGCCAGAGCCUGAACCCGAGCCGACUCCUGCGCGUCCCCGGCAAGAAGUGAAGCCUUCAACGCCGGGUCCAGCACCGACGUCCGGCCCCCGUAUGGUUGAAGGCGUCGAGGUGGACCUCGAGUGUGUCGGCAAGGCUGUCAUCUGGGACACACUCCCCGAUCUCAUGGAGAUGGACGCAGGCGGUGGAUCUGUUCAACGUUCUCCGGAUUCCACAGUAAAGCAAUUGUUCAACCUCUCGCGCGCCGACCCGCACCGCCCAGGUUCGCCCUCGGAUGCCACCACGGCAGUCACCCACGAGGCCAUCCUCCUAGCACACGUCGCACUGCUCCUCCUCCGAAGUGCGCGUUCUGGCAAUGGAGAGCCCGACAUGGUCGUCCCGAUCCCAGAGAUCAAGGCCAACCUCGAGGCCGUGGCACGCGCCCGGGACUGGGACGGACCGGCGGAUCACGCCAGCAGGACGUUUUACGUGUGCGUGGGACGCAAGUUUGUGCGUCUCGACCGGAGGGGAGGAGGCGGUGGCCACAAGGUACUCAGUGACGACCUCCUUAUCAGCAUCCCGCAGAAGAUUGCCGAUGGAGUCAUUACCGUUGUCAACGGUCUUAUUGUUGGCAGUGACAGGCCGCACGCCCCCACGACAUCACAGGACAAAGAAAUCAAGAUUCUGAACCAGUGGGCGUUCUUAGGGAACUACAACUACCUUUUACCUAUUUACCUCGAAGACGAUGUCGGCCAAGGUUCGACAUACUCUGGUGCCUCCAUUUUUGGCUUCCUCCUUGGCAUCAGCCUAGCUGUCGCUUGCGCCAACGGACUCGGCCCUCGACCAAGUUUCGGUGGUGGUCCAGCGCUUUCGUGCACGGCAGAGCACCCUUUUUCGCACUCUCCGCAGAACUCCACCUACACCCUGUCGGGCGGUGCGAUUAGCUCACCUUCACUUCACCUUUCGGCAACACACAUCGCCCCCUCAACACUCAGACAGCGGCCCCAAACGCCUCACCACUCACCGAGUGCCACUGUUCAGACAACUCCCAAGGAUAUCAGCGUCGAUCGUCUCCUUACACCCCCGCUUGUCGAAAGCAAGAUCCCAGUCCAGUUGCGCGUACCCCAACGAACCGGACAGUCCACGCUAGUACCCGUUACCGUGACACGCGACCCCCCGACGCACGAUGCGUCUCUCCCAAACACACUCAGCAUUCUCGAGGAGAUCGGAAAAGGUGCCCUCAGCAAGGUAUACCAUGCCAGGCUGCGAGUUUCUGGCACAGACACCGACUGUAUUGCCAAAGUUGUCGAUGUGUCCAGUUUCCCUGUUGAGGCUCACCACGGACACACUCAGGAAGGGGCUCGUGAGGCUUUCCUUCAUGAAAUCGACAUCCUCCAGCAUUUGGCGCCCAUCCAAGGUGACGUCGUACCAAUCCUGUACGGCUGGGGCGAAGUGGGCAGUGUUCUGUACACCCUGCUCGAGAAUGUUGGCAGUCCCGUGCCCCGCGAGAACAGAUCUAUUCUAAAAGAUCGUGUGUUUGACCUGUAUGGGAACCUUCAGAGAGCUGGUGUCCUUCACGGAGAUGUUGAGUGGCGCCACAUUUUCAGUCGGCCCGACGGCUCGCUGGCCUUGAUUGAUUUCGACCAAGCCUACAAACGCUCCGUUGAGACGGAUACAGAGUGGGCCAACGUCUGCGUGCUCAGCGAAGUGCAUGAACAUCUGUUCCCAGAUAGCUGGGAGCGUUACAUGGCAGCAUCUACCGCCCACCGAGGUAGCGGUCCGCAACUCUCCGGAUGA